CUCUUCUGCUUGACUCACGCCCUACACUUGGCCAUCUUAAAUACUACUUCUGCACUGUGCUGUGUUUCUCUUCAUCGACCUUUUCACUUUCAUACACUGGAUUAACUUCCUUUCUCUUCUGUCCCUUUUCCUUUUCUUUUCUUCUAUCUUCUGCUGCGGGUUCCGCACCGUACGCCGCCAUGCCUAUGUUGAAAGAUCCCUCGACAAAAUACAAGCCGUUUAAGCCUCUGCAUCUGCCAAACCGUCAAUGGCCUAACAAGGUUAUCGACAAGGCCCCGCGGUGGCUGGCCACCGACUUGAGAGAUGGCAACCAGAGCUUGCCCGAUCCAAUGGACGGUGACCAAAAGUUCCGCUUCUUCAACAUGCUCGUCGAUAUCGGAUACAAGGAGAUCGAAGUUUCUUUCCCAUCCGCAUCCCAAACAGACUUCGACUUCACCCAGCGCGUUGUCAAGGCUACUCCGGAUGAUGUCUGGCUGCAGGUUCUGUCGCCGUGCCGUGAGGACCUGAUCCGUCGCACUGUCGACUCCCUCAAGGGCGCCAAGAAGGCUAUCCUGCACAUUUACCUCGCCACAAGCCCAUGCUUCCGUCGAAUUGUAUUCAAUAUGGACAAGCAGAAGAGUCUCGAGAUGGCUGUGCGCUGCACCAAGUACGCUCGCUCCAUCACCAAGGAUGACCCAGCCAAUGCCGGCACCCAGUGGCACUUUGAAUUCUCUCCGGAGACUUUCUCGGAUACCGAGCCUGAGUUCGCCGCGGAGGUUUGCGAGGCUGUCAAGGCCGCUUGGGAGCCUACCGUGGAAGACCCCAUGAUCUUCAACCUUCCCGCAACCGUGGAGAUGUCGACCCCUAACGUGUUUGCCGACCAAAUUGAGUACUUCUGCUCGCACAUGACCGAGAGAGAGAAGUUUGUUGUGUCUAUUCACCCGCACAAUGACCGUGGUUGUGCCGUCGCAGCUGCUGAAUUGGCCCAGAUGGCUGGUGCUCAGCGUGUGGAAGGUACCUUGUUUGGAAACGGCGAGAGAACUGGUAACGUUGACUUGGUUACGCUGGCCCUCAACUUGUAUACCCAGGGUGUCAGCCCCAAUGUCGACUUCUCGGAUAUCAACUCGGUCAUUAAGGUUGUGGAAGAGAGCAACAAGAUCCCCAUCAACGAGAGAUGGCCUUAUGGUGGCCAGCUGGUUGUCUGCGCUUUUAGUGGCAGCCACCAGGAUGCGAUCAAGAAGGGCUUCAAGCUGCGCGAGGAUGCCAAGGCCACUGAUGAGAAUGAAUGGCAGAUCCCAUAUCUUCCCCUGGACCCUCAAGAUAUUGGCCGAACCUAUGAGGCAGUUAUUCGUGUCAACUCCCAGAGUGGAAAGGGUGGUGCCGCUUGGGUUAUUUUGCGUAGCUUGGAGCUGGAUCUCCCGCGCGCACUGCAGGUUGAGUUUAGCAAGAUCGUUCAACGGCAAACCGAGGCCGUCAGCCGGGAGCUGCGGCCCAGCGAGAUUACCAGCCUGUUCGAAGAAGCAUACCACCUCAAGUCUAACCCACGCUUCAACCUGGUCGACUACAACAUCACAACCGACCGGUCGACAUCGCCCGCACCCCCGGAGCCCGGCAAGGCUCUCAACACCAAGAACCUCAAGCGUCGCUUUACUGGUAUCAUUGAAAUCGACGGUCUCCAGCAUGCUAUGACUGGUGUUGGCCCUGGUGCUAUUUCCUCUCUGGCACAGGCGCUCUCUACUCUUGGUAUCGAUCUCGAUGUCGUCGACUACAAGGAGCACUCGAUCGGUCUGGGUAGAGAUGUCAAGGCUGCUACAUACAUCCAGUGUACUGCUGCCGGUAGCAAGGAGCAAGUCUGGGGUGUUGGAAUUCACCAGGAUGUUGUCCAGGCUAGUUUGAUCGCUCUGCUGAGUGCCGCAAGCUCGUUCCUCACUUCCCGUUCCGGUUCCCCUGCUCCCUUCCGCCCCAUUCGCUCCAACACCCUCACGGAUGAGGAUAUCCAAGCCCUUGAGCUCUUGAGCACUUCUAACAAUGUCCCUGCCCCUGCCGCAACUGCGUCAAACAGCAAUCUCAGCCCCAAGGUCAACCUGGAUGCGCUGACAAAACAGGCCGAGAGCCAGUAAAUUUGAAGAAAUAUUUGAUUUUUCUCACAACCAUGGAUCUACACUCGGGUGAAUUUGGAAACAAGCAUGUUACAAAGGACUCGACAAAACGAGUAGGCCAUGGAAAGGCAUGAUUGUAUAAACUGAAAUGAUUUUAAUGGUAAUGAGGGUGUUUUUUAUUCAUUUCUUUAUUUAAAAGGCCAAAAACACUGGGUGUGAUAAAAGUUAGUUUCAAAGCUAGGGCGGGUUAAAUUGUUCAUUUAUUGCACAUAGUGAAUAUACUGCAUUAAAAUGUCUUCAAAAAAAUAAAAAUAAAACCCCUCAUACUGCUUCGUAAAUCCCAUUAGCUUACAGAACUAAUCAG